AUGACAGACCUGAGAGUCGGCGACACGAAACGCGACUGGAUCCGCCAUUCGGCUCAGCGGGAGGUGUAAAACGGCCGACUGAGCGCUCUAGUCUGCCGCAAGCAGCUGCAGAGAAAAAAAAGCUCAUGUACUUCUAAACUAAUCCAUCUUUUUUUUCACUCUUUUUGCAUUCCAUUUGAAAUUUUGCUUUAUUCAAUCUCGGCGAGACAAAUAAUUGAUAUUGUUCGUUUUUACACUUUUUUGCGUUCCUGAGCAAACAGUUAAAUUGAUCCUCAAACCCGAAAACUAUAUCAAACUAUUGUCGCUCGCCUAGUUUGAAAAGAAGAAAAUUGUAAAAUUAAAAGUCAAACAGAAGAAGUAUUUGAUAGAGAGUUUUAGUAAAAAAAAAAUUCAAAACAAGUUUUUUUAGUUAGCAAGUGCGGUGUCGACAAGGAUCCCGGGAGUUUCAGUCAAGAUUGUGGACUUCAACGAGUAAGGUUUUUUCUCGCGAUAACAGUUGUUUAGGUUAAUACAGAAAAAAAUAGCGCAAACUUCUGAGUCGCGGAAAAAAGAGCCGCCGACAAAAUAGCUCAGGAAAAAAGUUAACUGAUUAACGUUCAAAGUCUGAACAGGCUAUCUCAAAGCACGCAAAUAUUCGCGAAUCUUAAAACUCAAAAUUUUCAAAUGCACUAAUCUCCGAAAACAAAGAACUUCAUUUUUUCUUCGCUUUUUUGCAUGUUUUCCAUGUGUUCCUUUUCGGUUGGGAUCUUCCUAAAAACUAGCCAGAACGCUUCUUGAUGUACGAGUAGAAGCUUUUAGAAGUCUCAACCUGCCAAACUUUGUUUUUUUUUCGGGAAAAGACGUUCUCGAAGCUGAAGAAAACCUCAAAAUUCAUGAAAAAAUAGGCCCUUUUAGGUCUUUGAGCCCGCAUUUCUCGAAAAACUAGAAAGUUGUGCAGGUUGAGACUUCCAAGGAUCGAGCUCCAAGAUUGGCGCAUGCACAAUUCACGCGCAAGAUUAUUCGCAGACUUAAAACUCGUUUCUAGCAGCAUUUUUGAAACAAAAAACAUACAUCUUGGUGUCAACAAGGUUACUUUUGCCAACUCUGAAUUGGUAAAGAAUCUGGUCAGAACUGUAACGGCACAGAAGAGUGCCGUUUCUCUCGCAGCUGAAGACGUCUUCACAGGCCGACAUUUUCAUCGGAAUGCAUGGUGCCGGCCUCACACACCUUCUUUUCCUGCCAGAAUGGGCCGCCGUUUUCGAAGUGUUAGUUUUUUUCUCCGUCUCGCAUAUUUUACCCGCAAAAAAAUUUUUUUUAAUUUUAUUUUGAAUGCAAUUAAUGUGGAGAAGUCGGAAAAAGAUUUUUAUUUUCAUAACAGCAGCUUGCAAGCUGAGUUGGCUCAGUAGAAGCGCAGAAAUUCUUCUAUUAUUUUUUCUCCUUUCACAAAUGCACGUCCGUAGUUUGGUGUCAAGCGAGUGUAUCAAACAGCGAUUCGCAAAGAUUCCAAAAAACUCUUCAGAAAAUGGGCUUAGGAGUGAAAUUGUCAUUGAAAUUGGCUAUUUUGCACCAUCCUUUUUUCAAUCAUUUCUUGAGCUUUUGAAUUUCCAGAAAAAAUGAAAGGCUCGAUGAAGGGAAUCCUUUUGACGCCUUUUUGAGGUCUUUUUCAAGUCUCUCCCUUUAUCCAUCGUUCCGACUCUGCCCGGGUACGCAUAUGUCGCAAACAUGACGUUGCAUUGACCAGACCAAACCGUUAAAUCAGUUUCCGGUUAUUGUUAUCAUCUUGCAGGUACCACUGCGAGGACCGCGGCUGCUACUCUGACUUGGCUCGUCUUCGCGGAGUCAAAUACUUCACCUGGCCCGAAUCAAAAGUUUUCAAUUUUUUUUCUCUUAUAAUAAAUUGAAAGUUUUCUCUGUCAAUAAUAUCAGUCAAGCUGCAAACGUCAAUUUUUCAGCUACAUUUAAUGAUCCCUGAGAAAGAAGGCAAACACCCUACCAACGGGCAGACGCAUCCAAAAUUUGCCAACUACAUCGUUGACGUUGAUACUUUUGUCCAAGUCGUCGUGAAGGUUUGUUUUCUUCCAGCAAAAUGUAAAACUGAAGCUCCUCCUACAUCAGAGCUUUUCCUUGUCAGAAAAGUUGAAGCGGUCUCUUAGUUGAUAAAUGAAAAUAUUCGCUGAUAGAGCUAUGUCGUCCUUUUCAAAGCCCGAUUUUGUUUUUCUUCAAAAACGCUCAUUUAUUGAAUGAAAAUGUAUUUGGAGGAAAAAAUGAACGAAACUAAAAAAUCAAACUUGCAAUUUUAGAUGAAAGACUACGUUUCGCGCCACCCGAGCUUUGUGUCGUCCCGGCGGAGACUACGCCGUGAGAAGCAACAUGCGGAACUUUGAAAAUUAUUUUUUUAGUAAAUAUUUACUUUUUGAACUGUUUCAGCGCACUGAAUCUUUACACAAAGUUCGGGAAUUUCAGAGAUCGCAACCUUGCUUGGGCGAGGGCCGGCCCGUCAACCUCUCGGUCCCCCGGCCCAAAAAACUCAUAUCUCUCUUCAAGUCGAACUUUCCGCUUUUUGAAAAAAAGUAUUUUUGCUUAUUUUCUCUCAUAGAGUUAUUAGAAACUAUGAUUCAACAAGUAAAGAUAAUUUUUUUCCGUGAAUUUUUUUCAAAAUGAAAUUUGAGAUUUCUUUCGAAGGCCGGCCUGGCCCGAGCCCAUCCAGGCUUGUUUUUAAUUUAAAGCCCAAAUCCCGGGCCAGGCCGGCCGGCCUGACGCACAAGCCUGAUCGUAACGCAGUGUCUUUAAUUUGA